ACAUGCACGUAGGAUCCCCAGUACGCAAACCGCGGGAUAUCUCCGACUACCCGGAGGACGCGGAGCACCACAAACAGGAACUUUAAAGGGAUUGAAAUCUGUUGCCUGUUCCACUAGGAAUAUUGUUUGUAAGGCACAAGGUGUCUUUUGGUAGUGAGCACCCUCCGCGCAUGCGCAGGUCCUUUCGGGGGAAUUACUGCCCUGCCGCCGACUAAGUUGCAUUCCUUGAAUCUUCGCCGAAAAGACAAUUCUUUAAUCAGAGUUAGUAAUGUGGACAGUACAAAAUCGAGAGAGUUUGGGGCUUCUGUCUUUCCCUGUGAUGAUUGCCAUGGUCUGUUGUGCACACAGCGCCAAUGAGCCCAGCAACAUGUCAUACGUGAAAGAGACAGUGGACAGAUUGCUCAAAGGAUAUGACAUUCGCUUGCGGCCGGACUUUGGAGGGCCCCCCGUGGACGUCGGGAUGCGAAUCGAUGUCGCCAGCAUAGACAUGGUCUCUGAAGUGAACAUGGAUUAUACACUUACCAUGUAUUUCCAGCAGUCUUGGAAAGACAAAAGGCUUUCUUAUUCUGGAAUCCCUCUGAACCUCACGCUAGACAACAGGGUAGCUGACCAACUCUGGGUUCCUGACACCUACUUUCUGAAUGACAAGAAAUCAUUUGUGCAUGGGGUUACAGUGAAAAAUCGAAUGAUCCGGCUGCAUCCUGAUGGAACCGUUCUCUACGGACUCCGAAUUACAACCACAGCUGCAUGUAUGAUGGACCUACGAAGAUAUCCCCUGGAUGAACAAAACUGCACUCUGGAGAUUGAAAGUUAUGGCUAUACCACUGACGACAUUGAGUUUUACUGGAAUGGAGGAGAGGGAGCAGUCACUGGAGUUAAUAAAAUAGAGCUUCCUCAGUUUUCAAUUGUUGACUACAAGAUGGUGUCCAAGAAGGUGGAGUUCACAACUGGGGCAUAUCCACGACUGUCACUGAGUUUUCGUCUAAAGAGAAACAUUGGUUAUUUCAUUUUGCAAACCUACAUGCCUUCCACACUGAUUACAAUUCUGUCCUGGGUGUCUUUUUGGAUCAACUAUGACGCAUCUGCAGCCAGAGUCGCACUAGGAAUCACCACAGUGCUGACAAUGACAACCAUCAGCACUCACCUCAGGGAGACCCUGCCAAAGAUUCCUUAUGUCAAAGCGAUUGAUAUUUAUCUGAUGGGUUGCUUUGUGUUUGUGUUCCUGGCUCUUCUGGAAUACGCCUUUGUAAAUUACAUCUUCUUCGGAAAAGGCCCUCAAAAAAAGGGAGCUGGCAAACAAAACCAGAGUGCCAAUGAGAAGAACAAACUGGAGAUGAAUAAAGUCCAGGUCGACGCCCACGGCAACAUUCUCCUCAGCACCCUGGAAAUCAGGAACGAGACGAGCGGCUCGGAAGUGCUCACGGGCGUGAGCGACCCCAAGACCACCAUGUACUCGUACGACAGCGCCAGCAUCCACUACCGCAAGCCGAUGAGCAGCCGCGAGGCCUACGGGCGCGCGCUGGAGCGGCACGGCGCGCACAGCAAGGGGCGCAUCCGCAGGCGCGCCUCGCAGCUCAAAGUCAAAAUCCCAGACUUGACUGACGUCAAUUCCAUAGACAAGUGGUCCCGAAUGUUUUUCCCCAUCACCUUCUCUCUUUUCAACGUCGUUUACUGGCUUUACUAUGUACACUAAGGUCUGUCCUAAUGGUUUCGGAAACGACGCCUUUUCCUCUUCUCUUGCUGUUUUAACCCACAGGUCCCCAACAGCAAUCCUGUUGUGUUUUUUGAGGUAAGAGAUUCAGCCAUCGAAUUGGUUUUAGGUCUUGCAUAUCAAUUUUAUUACUGCACCAUGUUUACUUAAAAAAAAAAAAAACACUAUUUUUUUCCAGUCUACUGUGGUUCCAGGUUAUCAGCUCUUUCAGAGCUUAUUAAUUGCCAUGUUUACAAACAAACACACUCACAGAGCAGUAGGUAGGUAGGUCGUGAGUAGUCCUUCCUAGCCCUCGAUUUUAUUGAUUUAUUUUUUUAAACAAGAAUGAAAAGACCUAGCUCUCUGUGCACACUGAUUCCUGGUAAACUGUAACAAUCUCAUGCUGCCAAAAAAAACCAAUACAAUUUCCAGGAUCUCAGAAGAAAAAAAAAACAAAGCCAUUGACAAGUUACAGAUUUCCAGGAAGAAGGGAAAACAAAAAGGAGCCUAGAAGAGGAAGAAAGACCCCCACACACACACACACUCCCAAACUUCCCUGACUCUGUCAUAGGGGUCUCAGCUCCAGGAGAGGAGGGAGGGAUUGGCAAGGUCUGAUCGAGGUUAUGCAAACCCAAUCUGCCAGCUUCACCUCUCCAUUAAACUGGAUCUUCUGAAAAAUGCUUCUUUCUCAGACUUCCAGACCGAUUUAAAAUUAACAUUAGAAUCCAACCUGGUAACCAUUGAGAGCAUUUUUCUUUUCUUCUUGAGACUAAGGAGUUUAGGAGUUAAUGACCUCUUUCUUUUAACUAUUUCUAAUGGACAGCCCUGAACUCAUUUCAUUAGCCUGGAGUCACUUGACGUUGUGCAGUGAAGCCAUGCCAUCGCAUUUCCCUCGUUCCUGCUCCAGGGAGAGUGAGAGAAAGGUGACUAGCGGAGGGAGAUUCAAAAAGGAGGAGAGUGAGCAAUUUUUGCUUGAGAAAAAUAUUGCUCUUUCCGUGUAAAGGCAAGACUUAUGUGCUGUGAAAAGGGUGCCUGGGCAGUUACCUGAGCUGCCAAAAUCUUAGAUCAAAUAGUAUAUAUUUCUUAGCCUUCCAGAGAGCAGCAUUUCAUGGUGACAGGCUAGUUACACAGGCCUCAGCCAGCACCUUAUGGCUCUGCUCUCUGAGCUCUGCAUUCCAAAAUAUUAAAUGAUUGCUUCAGGAAAGGCACACACACACCCAUUUGGGUGUCAUAGUUCUCCAAGGCCAGAUUUCUGUUUCGAAGAAAACCUUAAAAUAGCAACACCAUAGAUGACAGCAACAAUGACAAACUCACUGGGCCUUCUAAACAUUCAUACCAGCCCCUUACGUAUGGAUGCUGUGUACACUCAUUAAUCACUGUCAUUGCUGCUCUGCCUUAUCUCUGCUCAUAGAUUACUUUGGUCACGGCCGUGGUAGAAGGAACAUUCCUCAAUAGCUCACCACACAAUUCUAAACAUGUCCAACCAGCUGCAAUUGAGAUUCAUCCCUUUCUAUGUCAUUAAAGCCUCGUUAUUUUUUUGAGUUUGAAUAUCUAAGAAUUCUGUAUGUGCAUUAACCAGGCGGAGUAAAACUCUAAGUUGACCAACCAGUGAUGGAAGCGAUGGGGACCUACUCCACAGAAGUGAAAUAAAGGUUGAGGUAAUCAUAGGGAUAAUUGCCUAAUUUUAUGAUCUGACUGUCUCCCUAAGGCUGUGACGAGGGUUCAUGCAUCAGCUGCUAGAAAGUAUAGCCUUAAUUGAACGAUAAGGCUGAAUUCCUACUGAUGAGCCCAAGGAGAGAGAGUUAUAUUCUUUUAGAAAGCAAGAGGAAAACAGAAUCCCAAAAAUAAAUGAAUGGUUAUGACUAUAGGUAAUAUACAUUAGGAAAGAUAUACAAACUCUGCUUUGACUAGAAAAAUUAUCUCAAUGGUUUCAUAAGGAAUUAGUAGGGUAUGGGGACCAAAUUUUCAUUUAGGUUUUAAUUGUAUAAUCACAGUUCCCUGGUCAAGGAAAUGUCUAGUCUCUGGGGAUACAGUGAUCCAUUUUGAAACUGACUAUUUCCUUGGCAGGGUGAGAUGCUUUGCCAUUGUAAAACACCCAAAUAGAGUGGAAAGUGACCAUACCAGUGACUGUAAGGUUAACAUUCCCAAUGACCACCCAGGAACCCCUGUGUAGCCAUUUAUUUUAAAUACUGGAAAGGAGACUUGGCUAGUGCCUAACAGGAAUGAAUCAUUCUGGUAUCAAAGCUCUUUAAAAAACUUUUAAGGAUGAAGUGCUAAAUCAGAAAGAAAGUAUCUGUAAUCUAUGUUCCUUAACAAAACAAUUUUUCUUUAUUUAUCUGUUUAGAUCAUUCUUCUUGGAAAAGAUUGA